AAGUUUUCUUUUCGUCGCCCUCGGUCAGGUCACCUGAGGUCAAUGACCCGUAGACACGUGGAAGAGAGAGGAGGAAUGGUGUAAUCAGCUGUAAUCAGGUGUUGCAUACCAGAGCUGUAUACCACCAUGUCGUGCAGCACCCGCCAGCUGCAGGUGCUGGAUACUGACUACAGUGCAGACUGUGUAGAGUGGUGCCCUGUACCUGGGUACCAUGAUGUCAUGGUGUGUGGGACAUACCAACUGGCACAACAGGAGGCACCAUCAUCCUCCCCUGAACCUGUAUGUGUCAAUCAUAUUAUGUUCUUUAGACUCACUUGUGAUGACUCUGGAACAACAGCUGCACCCCAGACUCGCCUCGGACGACUCCUUUGCUACCACCUUCUUACUGAGGGUGCUGUUUGUCUUGAUGAGUUCCAAAGGACAGACCUUGCGGCUAUCUUAGACAUCAAAUGGUGCCAUACUACCCUGAACGAGUGCCCAGCACUUGGCAUUGCUGAUGCUAAGGGGACUCUUAGUGUUUGGACUCUACAGGGUGGACCAGAUAGUAAAAACGAUGAUGCCAGCAGAACUAGAAGCUUGACACAACAGUGUGAGGCACAGAUUGUUGAAGAAGGCCUGGUGUUGUCUUUAGAUUGGUCAACUGGCAGACAGCAAAGCAGUGAGCCGGCGGUCAUCACCAGCGACUCUAAAGGCCAGCUGACCCUCUGUCAGCUCUCACCCACUGCCACAGGCAUUCAAACAGUCUCGCAAUGGACAGCACAUGACUUCGAAGCCUGGAUAUGUGCCUUCAACUACUGGGAACCUACCACUGUCUACUCGGGGGGCGACGAUUGUAGAUUAAAGGGUUGGGACACGAGGACUCCCUGUACGCACCCGACCUUUGUGAGUAAGGCCCACGACAUGGGCGUGGUCAGCAUCCAUAGCAACUGUCACCAGGAGCACCGCCUAGCGACGGGCAGCUAUGAUGAACAUGUGCUGCUGUGGGACAGGAGGAAUAUGAGGAGACCAGUUGGAGAUGUACAUGUGGGAGGGGGUGUUUGGAGGCUGAAAUGGCACCAUGCAAACAAGGACUUACUCCUGGCAGCAUGUAUGCACAACGGGUUCCAUAUACUGGACGUCAGUAAGCUAACAGAUGGCAGUCCAUCUGUGGUGGCAUCCUACAUGGAGCAUCAGUCUUUAGCAUAUGGAGUGGACUGGUGCAGGCAGACCAUCAGCUCUGCGGAGAUGUCUACCACUGGUGCCACACCAGGGAAACCUCUGCUUGCCUCCUGUUCCUUCUACGAUCACAGUCUUCAGCUCUGGGAGUGGUUAUCUUAGAGUUAGAUGUAGCAUGCAUAGUCCAGUGGUUAUACUAUUUUAGGCCCUUCCCUGGAGAAGCCCGAGUUUGUUCCCCUCUGCUCACCUAACAUGUACGCUACAAGGAAAGGAUGUUAAUCCAUGUUGCACUGCUCAUUGUGUUUGUUGAGAAGAGCUUGGGGAAUUUUCCCGGUACAAUGAAUCUGUAAAACAACUAUGCAUAGCAUCCGUCUUCUCUGUCAUGAACAGUGGAAGAUCACUUUUUACGGUUGAAUGCCCCCCCCCCCCCCCACUAGAUAGAUUGCAGAUUGUCUGUCUUGCAACUGAAACCUUUGAUUUUAUAAUAUCGGGUAAUUUUUAUAACUGGAAUGACUGCAAAAGACUGGAAAAUAAAAUGAUAAAGAAAUA